AUGGCGUCCAAGUUCCCAGAAGAAGGAGAUGAAAAGGUCAAGCUACGCCCUAGGAGAGGUCAUGACAUGACAUGGUCAUGUGACAAACACGGGGAGCCAAUCAAAUUCUACUGCAAAGAAGACAACAUACCCGUUUGUCAUCCAUGCGCUACCAAAGAGCAUUGCCACAAACCAUGUGAGCUAGACGACAUCGAGGAUGUCAUCUUGGAGAGGAGGAGGGAACUGGAUGACAAGCAGCAAGAGAUAGAGGAAAUGAAGAAACAACUGAAAACGCUCGACUCUAAACUAGAGUCCACUGCAACCUCUGCAAGUAACCAUUUCCAAUCAGUCAACGAUGAUAUUAAGGUGGCGUUCGACGACAAAUUAAAGAUUGUGAAAGACAAGGAGAAACGAUCGAUUCGUUCGAUCGACGAGGAGGCGGAUGAAGAAAUACAAAUAAUUAAUGAAAAGAGGGAAAGACGGAUCAAAUUAUGUCACGAAGAAGCAGAACAGCAACAACUAACCAUCAAAGAAAGCCAGGCAAAAGUCGAAUCAGAGACAAAGGCAAUCAGCGAGGUGGUUGCUAAACAGAUUAAAGAACUCACAAGUAAGAAUCAGCAUGCAAUCAGCACAUUGGAUAAUAUUGAUUCCAAGAUCAAGCGAAUACAAAAAGAUGACAAAACAUUGGUGAAUGAAGCUCCUCAAGUACUUGCAUCCCUAGAUGAUAAUACAAGUUCAAGUGUGCAUCAAGAUGAUUCCGAUUGUCUUGACCAAAUACAGCGUGAAGUUCAGAAAGUGAAGUUUGUCGAGGGUAAAGUAGGUAGGGAAAACUACGGGAGAAUCGAUGGCUAUAUCGGUAAAUGGGAGCUUGUCAAGUCAAUCCACAUUCCAUCGAUCGUUAAAUCACCUUUAGUGCGUGGUUUGAUCAGUGAUAAUGAGAUAUGUGUGCGGGACGUAGAUAACAAUGCUACUUAUGUAACAACUAUUAGCACUGAACACACAGAGAAAUUCACUGAAGGAGAUAGUAAGGUGAGCAUUACAUCAUGCGCCCCCAUAUACAGUGAGGUGAUAGUAUGUGGUAAGGAGAGACGAGACUGCACGGGUGACAGCUUGGAUGGAUGCAUCACUCUCUAUGACAGACAAUGGAAGGUGAUUAGAGACAUCAGCAUACCGAUGAAUAACCGCUCUGAUGUAACUGAUAUUACUUGUGUGGACGUUGAUGUUGACAGUGAUGGGAUGAUCCUCGCUGCUCAGUACGAUGCGUCUAAUAUCUACGUCAUCAACCCUGAUGAUGGUAAGAUACUAAACACUGUUACAAUGCAGGGCAAGGUGGUGAGGGGUGGGAUACAAGCCUUGUCAUCAGGUGAUAUCGUUGUGGAGACAGAGCAGGAUGAAUUCACUGUCAUUUCACGAUCAGGGGAACAGAAGGCUGUCAUACACUGUGAUGAGGGGUGUGGGUCAUGGUAUCGAGUUGACAAACUGACAGACACACUCUACGUCAAAUACACGGAUAUAGAGCUUGAUAUAUACGCGGUUGAUCAGGUGUCAUGUGAUGGCAUCAUCCAGGCAAGGAGGAUCGUGGAAUACAAGGGAUCAGGUCGAGACUGCAUUAACCCAUUCCUCGUAACUCCUUCUGGCAACCUUGUAGCUUGUAACGGAGACACAUUUUUUGUGUACAAGAAGAGUUUCAUCGUGUAA